AUGGCGUGUAAAACAUCCUUUGUUUUGCUGGUGUUGUAUUCUUGUAUAUUAUGGACGAUUAUCUACGGUAAUCCAGUACGUGACAAAGUUACCAGUCGCGAUCAAGUGACUGCAGUGGUUAGUAUAUGGUAUUUACAGUUGUUAUACAGUCACAUCUUUGCUUUAAACAGGGCGAAAUAUUUUAGUACAAUUUCUCAGUCGAAGUGAUUUGUUAAGCUAUUGAUCAGAUAGUCCAGACUCUAGAAUAUGUUUUGAAUAUUUGACGGAUCCGGAUAAAACUUGUCUACUAGAAAUUGCCGGAGCCAUUGAAUAUUUUAACAGAAUAUACAACAAUUGAGCAAGGACCAGGUUUAUAAUUAAAAGUUAAAACGUAUUUUUAUAGCACACAAAAUGUUCAUAUUCGCCGUUAUAUCGUAGUUAACUGUGUACAGGAAUGCUCGUUUUAGUCGUUUACACUUCAUAUUUUGAUAAAAUAUACAAUAAAUAAUAAAUAUGUUUGUAUUUGACUACAGAUUGCUAUUUGAUAAGUAUUUGUUGAUAUAUUCAUGGUUUUACCACCAAGGACAAAGUCAAGCGGUAGCUUCAAAGUUGCGAAAUAUAUCGAUUCUUUAUUGGAGUUUUAUAACGUUGCAUCAUUUCUUGGUCAUAGACAUAAUUGAACUAAAUGUACACCCUUUACUGAGGCGUUUAUGUUAUGAUUUGUGAUUAUUUGUUAUCCUAACCAUUUUUCAGUUUCGAAAGCAGACGAUAGAUUUCGAAACCCCGCCGGUAGAAUAAUGUUGCACAAGGGAAUGAAUUGAAAGUCAGAAAUAUUCUUGGCAGGAUGUACGGAUGUACUUAUGUUAGUUUCGUUAUUAAGGUCAAAUUAACUUUGUUUCGUGCGCUGAUUCUGGCACGGUUUCUGCUUCUCUCAAGAAAUGUGUUUGCAUAAUUUGCAUAAAACAGUCUUGCAAAAGUACACAAGGAUCUUUCCACUUUAUAUUUCAACGAUGAUGUGUCACAGCGAAUGGAUGAAACUGCAAUAUUGUUUUGAGUUGUUUAAUUAGUUUGCUAUGUAAAACAUUUUCAUAUUGCAUUAAAAAAGAAUAGAUUAAAAUUACAAAUUAGUAAUAAUAUGCUACACAUUUGAAUGCUUGAUGUGUCCGUAACACUGUACGCAAUGUCCAUUUUAAUAGUUUUACAAUUCUGUGCAUUGACACUUUCAUGAAUUAUGAGUAAGAUACGGAAACAUAAUACGCUGCUCAAUAUCAUUAUAUCACUUUCAUGUCUUUAUGCAAGUUGCGGUCAAUAACAAUGGCAGAUUUUCCUGUUUUUAUUGAAACGUGAUUAUCAAGCUAAAGGCGUAUAAAAGACGAUUAAUUUUCCCUGUUUUCUUUAUAGUUGUUCUAUAGUAAUUAAAACCUCGUACAAUGCGAAACCUGUUGUUGAGAAGCGUCGAGUAUAAUUCAUAGAUAUGGUAUAAUUGCUCUCACGGUCUGGUUAAGAACAAUACUAAGAAGAAACUAGUGUUGAGUGGAUUUCUGUUGUGUCUGUUGUAUUGUACCUGUGCCAAUGACAGUGCAUGUGACUUUCAUGUCUUGACCCUUCGUUGGAGUACUUCGCUACUAUUGUCUAUUUCUUGGCAUUGCAAUGUUGAACGUGUUGACAGUCACACAAUAGUCAUGUGGUAUAUUUCCUGAAUUUAUUUUCGCGAUUUAUUAGCCUGUGAACUGAUGCUCUCGAUUACAGGUUACCGAUUUAUUUGAGUUGGAAAAUUGAUCGAUGUCAACGUCACAAAAACGAAAGCUACAAAAUAAUAGUUAAAUACAAUUAUCAUUGAUGCUAUAAAAUUGACGCCAUAUUUAUACAGCAAUAACUGAGUGGAAAAGUAUAUUUAUUACUCAUUAAUUUUGAGUGCGUAUUACGUAACAUACAAAAGAUUCUCCUCUCAGAAUUUAGUGCUGAAGGUGUUCUGAAGGUGUUAAUAGAUAAUAUGCUGAUAUGGUGUUGCUUUCAUUUAAUUUAGAACUACCUAACAAGGCUUGGUUACCUUAGUUUGCCGGACACGCGGGCAGGUCAACUUCGUACCAAUGAAGAAUUACGUGAGGGGAUUAAAACGUUUCAAUUAUACGCUGGUAUUCCGAUGACUGGUGUUGUUGAUGAGAAAACAAAGGAGAUGAUGGAAUUGCCAAGAUGUGGAAUGCCGGAUUUUGGAAGAUCCGAUAGAACUAAAAGAAAAAGACGAUAUGCUGUCCAGGGAACUGUCUGGCGGAAAAAGGUGGGUUUGCAUUUUAAAUUAAAACAUAACAGCAUGUAGACCUUUCUUUAUAUUCUGUUUUCAAAUCUUUCUUUCUGUAGUUUUCUUCAACUUUAUCCCUUUCUUAUCCACUGAUUCAUUCUGUUUCCUUUUCUUUACUCUUUCGCUUUACUUCCUGUUUCUCCUCAAAUGUCACUUGCUAUAGCCUACAGUAUAUAUAUAUUAAUUCCUGUAAAUUGUAUUAUGUAUAUAUUUAUUAUGUAUUGUAAAUAAUGUACGUUUUACGUAAGGUACUGAUGUAAUUUAUAAUAGACCUUUUUAAAAAGCCUGCCUUGUGACUACUUUCCUUUUGGCUUGCGUGAUUGGCCAAACUACGUCACAAAGCAGACUUUUUAAAAAUGUCAAUUGCAGGACCCCACUGAAAAAACAUUACCUUCAUACAUCGUUAUAACUAAAUUUAAACCCAGUAUUACUUCCGUGACAUACAAAGAGUGAAUCACUGCAUUUAAGGAUCCUAGUAUCACGAAGCCUCGGGUUUCAUCAAAUCCCUUUCUUUUCCAGGAACUAACGUACAUGAUCGAGGGGGGACCAAGUAACACGAUCUCUGAAUCAGAAGUUGAAAAACAAGUAGAAAAAGCUUUCAAAGAAUGGGAACGUAUCUCAAGGUUAAAGUUCUUUAAAAGUACAGAUCCAAACUCUGAUAUUCUCGUGAGAUUCCGAUCUGGAAUGCACAAUGAUGGUUAUCCAUUCGAUGGUGCUGGUGGAACCCUCGCUCAUGGAUUUUAUCCACAUAAUAAUGAAGGUUGGUAGCCAAUGUUGUUUUCAAUGUUCAAAAAUUAAUUUUGUGAACAGGCCAUUCUAUUAUUUUGUUGUAACAUUCUUUCAAUUCAAACUCUUCCUUUUCAAUGCAGUUUUUAGUUUUGAAAAAGUAACCUCAGGAACACCAUUUCAUGUUAAAACUGUAGUGAAACUCUUAACUAAAUGAUAUUAAGACGUAAAUAAAUGCUUUGUUUGCUAACAUUCAUAUCUUUGUCGACUUUUCUGUGUACAGGACUUUCGGGGGAUGUCCAUUUUGAUGACGAUGAAACUUGGAUUUUAACUAAAGAUAAAAUAGGAACUGAUUUUUACUGGACUGCUCUUCACGAAAUAGGACAUGCCCUAGGACUAGAUCAUUCGAACUACAAAGAUGCAGUCAUGUAUCCAUUUUAUACUGGCUUUAAAGAAAACUUACGUCUUAAUGAAGACGAUGUUCAAGGAAUUCAUUAUCUCUACGGUAAGAAUAGCUUGGCGAAAUAUUAGCAAAAUAUUUUAAGGAGGGAAACGGCGACAAGGCUUGCAUGCCAGUUUAGUCUCUUUCUUCAGCUGGUUAACGUAUAAAAGAGCACAGAAGAGACGUAGCUCUACUUAAACGAGUGUUUUACCAAGAACAUGUGCUACAUGAUCUAAGUAUGCUCAAGUCAGCAGUUAGUUCUGAGCCCUUAAAGAUCCCCUUAAGUCACAAUAAUGUCCAACUAGCUCCCUCUGUAUUAUCUAACCACGUGUAACUUAUGCAGUGAGUUCUGUACAACAUGAGAUCAAGUUUAAGUGGCCCACAUUCAAGAGUAUUUACUACCAGGCAGCGUGUGUAUACAAGUCAAUUAACAUGAUCUUUCCUCCCUUUAGGCAUGCCAGCAAUAAAAGUCGAAACAGGGGCACCCGAAGCUGUUCCAACCAAAACCAAUCUUAAGCUUCCUUCAGGAAUGCCACACUCAUGCUCCGUGCCAUCAUUCGACGCAGUGUUUGCUGAUGCGAACAAAAUUACUUAUUUCUUUUCUGGCAAAUAUUUCUGGAUUGUUCAGGAGUCUGGAAAACGUGAAGGAGCUUUCGCCAUAAAACAGAAUUGGCCAAAACUGCCAGCUGAAGGCAUUGAUGCCGCGUAUCAAUCUGAGGGCAAAACUAUGUUCUUCAAAGGCAAAAAGUAAGUCUUGUGAUUCAAUACCAAACGAACUGGUUUACACUGUCUAUCAAAAUUUCUGUGAUCACAGUAGGAAUUUUGCAUCGGUAAAUUCUAAGUUUUGAAGGAUUUGUAAGAAAUGUUUGAGGGAACUGUUUUACACACUUCAUAGCUCUAUAAUUUAAAUUCAUCUCUGCAAGUCUAGUACGUUUCUUGCUUCAGUAUAUACACGAUAUUUUUUGUUAUAAAUACUACCUAAAAAGCUUGAUGUGUGAACGUUAAAACUUGAGAAUAACUGAAUCGUUUUUAAUUGUCCACUCCCUCUGUUAUAGUUGCUGGGUGUACAAUGGAACGCAGUACCUAUCAGGGCCUGUAGCCAUCUCUAAACAAUUCAAGAAACUUGAUUCUUCAGUUGCAAGCAUCGAUGCAGCAUUUGUGUGGGGAGCAAAUGGCAAGACCUAUCUUUUCUCAGGGGACCACUACUGGCGAUACAACGAAGCAUUAGGUAUGAUGGAUAUGGGUUAUCCCGCCAAGAUAAACGACUCCUGGGUGGGUGUACCAAAUAACCUGGACUCUGCUAUGACCUGGAUCAACGGAAGAACGUAUUUUUUCAAACGGAAUGGAUUCUGGAUCUUUGAUAACUUGGAUAUCCGGACUACUCAAACAGAGCCCAUGAUGACCAACGCUUACUGGUUGAAAUGUCGGCAUGAACUUUCGGGCAGCGCUAGUAGUUUAUCUAAAAACAUUUUAAUUAUAUUUAUUUCAAUACUUGCUGCCAUUUUAAACUAUGCAGUAUGAUAUAUUGCAAGGAGACUUGAAUAACGAGUUCCACGUGUACAGUUAUAUUUAUUUCAAAAAAUGCCAAAGCAAAUGUCAAAUGUGGCCCAUGAGGAUGGUUUACCUUUGUUAUUCGUCGAGUGUGUUUUUCUCUGCUGGAAGUUGGAAGUCACACACAAGUUAUUAAGUUGAUAUAUAAGUUAAAUUUCUCAAGCUAACAUUCUGAAAAGAAUACAAGUCUUUUUAACAAAAGUAAAAUCUUGAAAAGUCAUUUUAAUGUAUAUAUAGCACAAUAGUCGUUUUAUUUAUAAAUUAAAGAAUUCAUUUUUAUGCUUUUGCACUUCGUCAGUUGGCAGAACUUCAAAUUCAAAAAAACUUACAUUUGUUGAGAAAGUUUGUUAGAAGUAUAGACUACUUUUAAUCUUUUUAUAAUAGAGCCGGGUAUAUUAAUAUUCUUUUGUGUGUGUGUCUUAGCAAGCCUGCUUGGCUUCGUUUCUGUGUACUGAAAUUCUUACUUCUUCGUACUGAAAUUCAAAUUGAAUAGAAUUUUACACACGCAAAAAUCUCACAUCUUGUAACAAGUCUGCCAACACUACCGGUUGUGUUUGCACUGCUUGUCCCAAGUUGUCAACGAAGUUGUUGACAACUUGUAACAACCAUGUUGAUGGUAACAUUCUUGUUGUAUCAUGACUGUAUCAGACAUGUUAGAACAACCUUGCUACAAGUCGGAUAAUGCCAUCAAGCUUGUUCCAAGUUGUUAAUGGCUUGUUCCAAACUUGUUACAACAACUGGGAACAAGCAGUGCGAACACAACUUGUUGACAGCUUGUGAACAGAUUCGUGACAACUUGUUUGCAGACCUGUAACAACUUGUGCGUUUUUACGUCUGUAGAACAGAAUUUUAGAACCAGAACGAGGUCAAGAAGGCUUAUUCAGAUGCACCUGAAAUCGUCUUUAUUAUAUAUGAAAGUGGUCUAUCAUGGUGCUGUUCUUUUUACUGCUCGAACUUUACAGUGCCGGUACGUUUUGCGACUUUUGCGCAGCAACACGGCAUAUCAGCGAAGGUGUGCGCAUUGCUAGCUAAAUGAGUUAACAAUAAACCGUGGUUGUACGUAGCUGAGUGCUCAGAAGUCAGAACGCUACACCGAAAUCGCAGUGCCGUUGGCCCCGUUGGUUUGAUUUCUGCCGAGUGAAGUCAAUGUGCAGCUGUUCAGAAGACCUUCAAUGGUCUUCAUUAGACGGAUGUUUUAUACUGUAUUACGCACUGGAACUCUGGAAGGCCAGUACUUUCAUAUUUAUCGUAUUUCAAGUACUCAUAUUUGUAAUUGCAUUGCGGAUUGAUCGAUAAUAAUCAUCAAUAAAUUAAAAUAAAUAUAUUUUAUUGGAUAUCCGGAAAUUGCCCGUGUGCUUCGAUAGUCCUGGGAACAAGUAAAACAAUCAUGGCUGACGGAUAACCGACGUGGCACAGUUGUAAAUUUUUGUUGAAAUUUCUCAUUUUUUCUGCAUGAAAUCUUCAUUAUUUUUAACAUGGGUUUGUGUAAAUGUCCUAAGAAGAAAGUAACGAAUCAAUUUUGCUUCGAACAUCGCGUAAAUGUCUGCGAACAUUGCCUAGUUUCUGGACAUUCGAGGGUGAGUAUCACUGAGUAGUGAAUAGGAGUGAGGAAAAAUGAGAAAUAUUACAAAGACAAGUUAAAACAGCAUCACUUGUUAUUCUAUAAAUAUAAAGUUUAGUUAGCUAUUAAAACUAUAAAGUCAUCAGUUACUUAUUCGUUUCUUGUAUAUAAUAUUUUAAUAAUUUUAUAAAUAGUGUUUUGAUAUUGUGACAGUAUUUGGAAUUGAUACAGUCUGACUGGAAUCUUUGUAGUGUGUGGAGAACAUCUCCGCGCUAUUUCUUGUGAGAUCAUCCACAUCCAUGGCAAAACUAUAAAACACUGUGUGUCAUGCAUGGUUCAAAUGUUUUGUUUGCUUAAUUCGCACUGUGAACAGAAGGAAAGUGUGAAGAAGUAUAAGUAUGUGACAAUUAUUAAGUAUUGACAAUUAAGACUUGCACAUGGUUAAUAUUUGUUAUUUUCCAUUUAUUUAUUAAGAAAACAUUGUUGAUUAUUUAUGCAAUUUAUAUUCUGCAAAUUCUAUACCUAUUUCAGCAAAUUGAGUAAGCUAGACUAGCCAGCAGGAUGAACUCAUCUGACAACCUUGAAAGGCUGUCUAGCAAUAUUGGUUGUCUUUAAAAUAUAUUCACACCCAAAAAUAUUACCAUUUGCAAAGAUAACAGUCUGGUAUUAAUUGUAUCACUAACAGUCCACAUAUUAAUGCCAUAACCUGUAUGGAAUACUUAGAUAAAAGUUAGACUUUUGGAAUUGUGUGCCAUUUUUGCACUUGAAAAUAAUCAUAGUAAAAUGUAAGGGUUUAUGUUAUUGGUUAAUAACCCAUUAAGCUGCAGAGCUUCCCCAUUGACAAGUAAAAUCGUCUGGUGUUAGACAAGUGAAAAAAAUAAGUGGGCGCACUGCGGCUCAAUGGGUUAACUAGAGACAUUGUCAGAUUUUUUGGGUAACCAUUAAGCUGCAGAGCUUCCCCGUUGACAAGUAAAAUCUAGGGAUGGGCCAAUAUCGAUACCAAAUACUCGAUACUAUCGAUACCAGGGUUUUGAAGAAAAGUAUCGAUACUGGCAAGAAAUAUCGAUGUUUCGAUAUUUCUGCGCCUGCGAUACUUUUUCAUUUUAGUCAGCGGCAUCAUCAUGAAAAUGAUACCAAAAAGCCUAAAUAGGUGUAAAUACUAUAAAUAUUUGAAUGCUGUUCUUAGGGUUUGUAAUCCAAGUGAGUAUAUAUAUAUAUACAUUUUAAGACAGGUGCACGGCAGGGUGGAAGUUUCUGGUUAUGUUGGUUGCAAUCACUGACAUAUAUUAUUCAAUGUUUAUAUUGUUAGCAUUGUUGCCGUUGUUAAUGAUUAAAAAUAAUCUUUUUGUUGUUAUGGUUGUUCAAGUUGGGAAAAUAUCGGUAUCGAUAUCGAUAAUAAACGGCAAAUAUCGAGGAAAAAUCGUAUCGAAAGAAAAACCUGGUAUCGCCCAUCCCUAGUAAAAUCAUCUGGCAUUAGACAAGCGAAAAAAAUAAGUAGGGCGCACUGGGGCGCAUUGUGGCUCAAUGGGUUAAUGUAUGUGUUUUUUUCAGUGUAUUGUGAAGUCCUACCUGCAUUGGUUACAAGAUAGUGAUUAUAACCCUGUAUGUACUUUGUGUAAUGGUAAUCUGUCCAAUGGUGAUACUGUGAGGUUGACAUGUUACGGUACGUUUUGAUAAAUUAAGCUGCCGUCAUUUGUGUAGAAGCUACAUGAAAAAAUAUAUCGGAUGAGAUCCAGUAUAGGUAGUAUUAGAAUAACCUACCAUGGUUUAUGCAUGAAAUGUUAAUUAAUGCCAAAAUGUUAAGAUUCUUUUCAGGUACAGCAGUUCAGACACAAACUACAAACCACAUGUCUGUAUGUCUUAAUGUUGUUAAUGUCUGUAUGUGUUGUUGGUAAUUCAUGAAUAUUGUUUGUUGAUAUUUAACUUAAUGUAUUAUAAUGGCCUGCAGUAAAUGGCCGUAGCUGCAUGUUGCAGUUUCCAAGCCUGUUGAGGCAAAGUGUAAUAGAUAAAUAAAUAAACAAAUUACACUUAGUAUAUUGUAAAAUUACAACGUACACUCAUAUUUGGUUAAUUGUUGUGUAUCGUUCAGUAAUGACAUUGAUCAUAAUUUUCUUCCUGAUUCUAUAGAUGUGUUUCAUUGGGAUUGUUUAAAUAGAUUUGCAUCAAGUCUUCCACCAAAUACAGCACCGGCUGGAUAUACAUGUCCUAAUUGCAAGGUUAUUGUUUGUUUUUGUGUAUGUAAUGUACUAGUUAGGAUUUUCAUCAUACGUAUAGGCGAUAGUAUCAUAGAUUCUUUUUAUUCUAAUUUGUGUUCUAUAUAUGUGAUAUUUAUUAGGUUUGUGUUUUUCCACCAAGCAAUCUGGUGUCUCCUGUUGCUGAAGCUCUGAAAAAGAAACUUAUCAACGUAAACUGGGCAAGGACUGGUCUUGGUUUACCCCUCGUAAGUACCUUUCAUGGUUCCUACAAAUCAGCCAUACAAGUGUUAAGAACUACAUCUGAGAGUACACUCCAUACUGUUGCUGACCAUUGUACCCAUUAAGUAAUCUCUGAUAACAGCACUGCAGGAUGUGAAUAAGAAUUCUGUUCUUGUAACCAGUGGCAGAAAUCUUGGUGAAGCGGGGGGGGCUCCGCCCCCCCCGCGUUUACAGAAAAUUGCCGAAUUUUGACCUAAGGGAGGGCUAAAAAUAACCUUUUCUAAUGCAAAUGGGGGGGGGUUGUUGGAAAUUUGAAGGUUUUGUUGGAAAUUUAGGAGGCUUUGCCCCCCCCCCCCCUACCGGAAAAAGUGAAUUUCCACCACUGCUUGUAACCAUUAUUUUCAAACAGUGUAGCCCAUUAUAGGCCUACAAAACUGCUUUUUCGUAAAAAAAAUGUUUGUAUACCAGUAAUUUGCACCCUGCAAUGGUAGUUGACAAUAGAUCAUUACUUUCAGGCUGGUACUCCACAGAAUGACAGAGCUGCAGUAGAACAUACUGGGAAUCAUAAAGGUAUGGGUACAUAUUUUUAAUUGUUUUGAAUGUGCAUCUCGUGUUUGUUUCUGUGCUCAAUGCUCCACAAUCAUUGAAAUUUAGAGUUAAGAAACCAAGUGCAGAAUGCAGCUCAACACAAUACAACAUCAACUAUAACAAGAACCUCGACCCCCCUGUAUGAAGGAGAAGCUCCGACACCAGCGUUCACACCUAAACAACAUGUUGUGGAUAUCCGACCUGAAUCGCAACAGACUGCCGCUGCGGCACCCUCACCUCAAGCGACAUAUACACGCAUGGAAAAACACGGCACUGGUAAUGUUGAGUUAUUUUACUAGCAUUUUGACUAAUAGCACGCCUGAUCUACACUAAACACAGAUGAUCUAUCUUGACUAAAAACUAUACAUGUUGCAUAGUUUUUCUGAUAAUUUGCCUGUGUAUAAACACAGCAGAUCAAUAUAUUGUCUGUUAAAAAUAACUACAGUUAUACAGUAUCUACAUGUAAAGGUCACAUUCAAGUUGAUUACUUUCUAAAUUUUAUAUAAGUACUAAUUACCUCAACAGAUACACAUUAUUAGUAAACAGAUCUAACCAAAUAAUUUUGUAUUUAAUGUACCUAUGUACAUAUGUGUGUGAAUGUAGAAUUAUUUACAGAUCCAGUUUUAAACCUGCAUUACGAUAUUUUUAGGUACAGUAUCCAGAAAAAUAUUUGACACUCGAGAACAAGACGUUGACACUGCAUCCAAAGAUCAUGAUGUGGAUAAGUAUAAGAGAAGAGGUGCUGUGCAGUGGUUUUCUCGAUGGUUUGGGUAAGUUGUAAAUAUAUCACAUGUUAUCUCUAUCUCAUUAAAAAAAUUAUCUACUGUAGGAUAAAUACCAUUUGUCAACUCAGAACUGUCUCCUUCGUUGCCAAUAUGUCGUUAGUGCUUUGUUUUGUUAGAACAUUAAUCAAAUUGAACCAAAAAAUUCGAUAUAACUGAUUUAGCUAAAAUUAAAACCCACGAUGGUCAUUAACAAUAACAAUAAUUACGAUUAACAUUUGUAAACAUUUCGAUAAUAUAAUAAUAAUAAUGACUUAAUUUAAACACAAUGGUAUUGAAAGCUAAGAAGUUUGUGGGGUCUUUAACCCAUUAAGCACCAGCGUAGGAAUGUUGGGUAUGAGAAAUUUCUGGCAUUGGUAUACCGAAAAAAUUAUAACGAUAUUAUCGGUAUACCGGUUUUCCUUUGAUAAUUAUAAAGGAAAAUUCUUUAAUGGAAGUUUGAAGGAAAUUUUGAGUAAUUCUAAAGGGGAAAACGAUAAUUUCGAAGCUGUUUCGAACAUGUUUCGAACGACAUGCAUGUACUCAGUGUAAAAUCUCACUGAAGUGGAAAUUCUAAAUCAUUGCAGUAGAAAGUUCUUUGAAUUGCCAUUCAGUAGUAAAAUAAAGGUUAUGGUUUCGCCAUAUAGUUGGUAAAUUUAACACGGUAUACCGAAAAAUUCCGGUAUAUCCGAAAUUUCGGUAAAUCGGUAUGGUUGAAUAUCCGGUAUCGAUAUACCGAUAUUGAUUUAAUACCGAUAUUUUCGGUAUAUCGGUAUACCGAACAGUCCUACACCAGCGCUCUCCCCUUGAUGAUUAAAAUUGUCUGGUGUUAGACAGAGUAAAAUAAUAAAGUAGGGCUCAUCAGAGCACAAUGCGACUCAAGAUUCAAAGAUUUAUUUGUGCCAACAAUAGUACAAAUAAAUCUUUGAAUCUUGAAUCUUUGAAUUUUGAGUCGCAUUGUGUUCUGAUGAGCCCGAUUCGAUGGGUUAACAAGAAUCUUUGUCACUCAUAGAUUACGAAAACAAAACCGAGCUGUGAAAGAAGAUUCAAACAGUCCAUUAAAGAGAACUGCAAUUAUUGUGUUUCUAGUCAUUCUUGUCGCCAUUACAUUAAUUGUGAUGAUGACCAGAGUGGGUAGAAUAUCAGCCAAUAGCGAUCCACUACUGGAUCCAAUGGCAAACCCACAUAUAAGAAUUGAAGAUGAUUAG